CCACAUUCGAUCAGUCACAGGACCUCGGCCUUAAACAGAGGACGUGAGUCUUCUCUCUGCACAAUUCGUUACCGAGAGAGGAAAGAGGGGGGAAAUAAAAUUGAAGAUUGAUAAUAUUGCAAUAUUUCGAGGAUCAUUUGGCUCGUUUUUUGGUGCUUGGAGAAAAUUGAGGUCUUUGCAAUCAUGGAGUGAUCUUUGCGCAAAGUGUGGAAAGAAAGGAGAGUGGGAGAGUCUUUAGGAGAAAUAAGGCGAAGAAAAGACACGAAAAUGAUUCAAAUGCGAGGAUUUUCCAGCCAGAACGCGGUGAGACUUAUCGCCUGUGUGCUUGCAACGUUAAUUCAACCGGGUCAUUCCUUCAUCUCCCUGAGCGACAUCAGCCCAGCCCUCGAGAGGAUGGCUUCCUACGGCUACAGUAUGCUAGGAUACGGUCCCCCUCCAUCCUACGGCGAGGAUGACCUUGAAAUUUACGAGGUCGACGGACCUCUCUGGGAUGGCCACAUAGCAGUCGGUGACUUCAUUUCCCCGAUUGUGUCAGCUGUCAGCAACUCCGACCUGGGAUUCGGGGGGGGCGGGGGAGGCUACGGCGACGAGAGGGUGGUCAAGGGCUACGACGGGCGUUUGGGCGUGCGAGUGGCUGUCCCUUAUUUGGGAGACUUCCAGGUGACGAGAGAAUUCGGGCCGGGGAAAUUUGGGCCUCAUUUGGGCCCCGGCAAGUACCCAUACCCAGGGUACUCGAAGGACUCUUCAGGAUCCUACGGCUACGGGGGCCACGCCAGCCACGCCAGCCACGGUAGCCACGGCAGCCACGGCAUUCCGAUCCCGAGCCUGCCCUCAGGGAAGAAGAAGAAGAAGAUUAAGAAGCUGGGUAUCAAGGCUUUGUACAAGGGCUUGAAGAAUUAUCCUUGGCACGGAAGGAGGAGGAGGUAGAUGCUGAGGCUCGAGGAGGAGGGAGAUGAAUAAGUUCGAGGAGGAGGGAGAUGCUGAGACUCAAGGAGGAGGGAGAUGCUGGGACUCAAGGAGGAGGGAGAUGCUGGGACUCGAGGAGGAGGGAGAUGCUGAGGCUCGAGGAGGAGGGAGAUACUGAGACUCGAGGAGGAGAGAGAUGCUGAGGCUCGAGGAGGAGGGAGAUGCUGAGGCUCGAGGAGGAGGGAGAUGCUGAGGCUCGAGGAGGAGGUAGAUGCUUGAGCCUCGUGGAGGAGGGAGAUGCUGAGACCUGUUGGCUUGGCUUGGGUUAUAAGGCAGAGGAUGGAUGAGCUCCAGGGGUGUC